AUGGAAGGCACGCAAUCAACAGCAGCGACUAAGACGAAUAAGCGAAGACUGAGGAAGCCGAAGACAGCCAAAAAAUCUGCACCGAAGGAGUCCAAAGACUUCAGAUACCUCGAAAUAGUCAAGCUUAUCCGAGCAUACCUACCCAUCACCAUCAAUGGAAUUGCUGUCACCAAGAUCAUCGAGCUCCAUCUCGAAAGUGAAGCAAAAACUGUCGAAGACUCGAAAGAGAAUAUAACCGAGGGUGAACAAAAGACAAAAAAGCGUUCAUCAAAGGCGGCCAAGAAGCAAAAACAGCAAAUUAUUUGCGACCACAUCCAAAGAGUCAUUGCAAGAGACCCCACACAACCAAUUUACAUAAGUUUCAUGAUCCCUCCAUCAGAUCCAGACUUUCCUUUCGAUCUAGAUACCCUCAAGUUCAAUUUGACCAUUCCUAGCGACUAUCCAAGAAGUGCGAAGGCACUUCCAUCUUUAAUUGUAUUGAACAACGACAUUCCCAAAGGAUUUGCUGUUAAUAUAGAAAGAGGAUUCAAGCAGAUUGCUCGACUUACUAAAUCUAACGACAAAAGCAAGAAAAGCACUUUGAAUGCGUCAUCAGUGCCAGAGGAAGAGGAAGAGAUGAGCCUAGUCGAUGGCAAAGGGUUACUUUCUCAAGUCCACACACUUGAUAAGUACUUGGAAACAUUUCUAAAGCAAGAAAGGAGGCAAACAAUGAAAUUUGUCUCCUUCAAAACUUCUAAGAGCCCUGUGCCUUUGGCUACUCCGGAGCCUACACCUCCACCUCCGUCCACCCACGAAAGUGUACAUAUACCUAAGAAUCUUCCUGCCAAUAUCAACGAGAAAGACUUGAAGAAGCGCGCUCAGGCAAUCGAGGAGAUGACUACCAAGUUAGGAAGCAACGUGAAAAUGUUCAAUAAGUCCAAUUUGGAAUGGAGAUAUAAAAUUGUGGUGCCUAUAAGUUCUGCGAGAAACUUGCCUCAAUUGUGGACGAUCAACAAUGAAAAUGUGGACAUCUUCAUCACUGUGCCCAUGGAAUACCCUCGAGCACCACCCAGAGUGACAAUGUCCACCAACUUUAGCACGAAUUUGUUGGUUGCAAAGAAGAAGACGCUACAAGAUUGUGGGAAAACCAUGGUGGAGCUUGUCGAGGAAGCCAAAAAGGCAGAGAAAAACCUACGGACUAACGUUGACAACAAAAUCAAUGGUCAAGGCGUGGGUUUGGUUUCAUUGCUCAAUUGGAUAUCCAAUAAUCUUUCCUUAUUAGUAUUGGAUACCGAACUGUUUGGACAGUGGAGGGAAAACGUUCGCGUAAUAAGAGGAUGA